GACGGUUCGGGUUUUGCUUCUCCCUGCAGGCUUCAUCUGGCUGUCGGCAGUAACUCACCCUGUUAGUCCGCUGACUGAACUUUGCAGCGCAGGAUCCAAACCAGCAGCUCUGCAGCUCCUGCAGUCAAACCUGCAGGUCUGCAAACCGCUAUCAGCUCUCAAGGUGCAUAUGCAUCGCCAUGAAGCACCAAUCCAUUUCCCGCUGGCUGAGCCAACUUGGACUCCCGCAGUACUGCAUGCUGUUGGAGCAGGAAUAUGAUGGUGUAGAGGAUCUGCUGCACCUGUCAGAAUACGACCUGCUGGAGCUCGGCGUCCACAAUCAUCUCCAUCGCCUUCACCUGCUGACGUCUCUGCACCUCCUGCUGGAGCGAGAGAGGAGGAGAGAGUUGAGGAUGAUGGCUGAGGGGCGUUUUGCCAGUCUGCCCAGGUCGCUACAUCAUCACACUAUGGGAGGAGACUCCGCCCACUCUGGAGGCCCUGGCUCUGCUCAUGGCGUCUCCCCCAGAAAACUCAACAUCCCCAUGGAUCUCCACGGCUCCAACCCCUGCAUCCCUGCAGGUCAGCAGAUUCCCGCUGCAGCCUACCAGUCGGUCUCGCUGCACGGGACGCUGCCUCGUCGCAGGAGAGGCGGAGCCAACGUCAGCCAGAGCAACCACAGAUGGGACCUGAAGACCAAUCAGACGCAGGCGUUGCUUUCCGGGAACGCGUCAGUGCCUGAUGGGCUCGUCCUGCAGCCCGCCGCGUCUUCGCUGGGUCAGAAUAUCAGCGACGACUUAAAGAGUUGCAGGGAUCCUGUCGCCGCCCUGGAUGCUGCUGUCGACUACGUUAAGUUCUCCAGGGACCAGUUCAUCCUGGACUGUUCGCUGGAGAAGCUCCGCCGGGAGCUGGAGGAGGAGCUGAAGAUGAGCAGCGAGGAGCCCAGGAGCCACGCCUGGUACCACGGCGCCAUUCCCAGACAGGUCGCAGAGAGCCUGGUGCAGCGUGACGGAGACUUCCUGCUGCGGGAUUCGCUCUCCAGCCCGGGGAGUUACGUUCUGACCUGCCAGUGGAGAAACGCCGCGCAGCACUUCAAGAUCAGCAGGAAGAUGGUGAUCCUGAAUGAAUCGUACUCCAGAGUGGAGUAUCUGCUGGAUCAGGAAGGGUUCGACAGCGUUCCUGCACUCAUCAGGUUCUACGUUGGCAACAGAAAACCCGUCUCUCAGGUUGUUGGUGCCAUCAUCUUCCAGCCGAUCAACAGAGCGUUCCCGCUGCGCUACCUGGAGGAAAAGUACGGACUGUCGAGCAACCACAAGGAGGCGGGGCUGAUGGCGCAGGAGAGGCGGAGCCAGAACCGCCUCAGCCUCAACAUCACCAACGGUCACGACGGCGCGCACGGCGCCCACGACGGCCAUCAUGGCCAGGACAACGUCUUCGUCCGCGGCGCCCAGCUGAGGGUGACGGAUCGCUGCGGCAGUCAGCCAGCGAGUCUCAAUCAGGUCCAGGAGAAGCGAUGGCCCCUGAAGGCGCACCAAUCCGAAAGCUUCCUGCCUCUGGGAACCAAACAGCCGCCCCAGCAGUCCGCCGACCCGCUGCUCACCUGCCCCGGACCAAAGUCUCCGGUGUUUCGGACCGGCAGUGAGCCGGUCCUCAGCCCGUCAGCCCAGCGGAGAUCUGCAGAACCUUUAGCAGGUCAAGCGAUCCGUGGUUCCGACAGCCAGCUGUGUCCCAAACCACCGCCCAAACCGAGCAAAGUUCCCCUGACCCGGCUGGCCCUCAAGCCGCCCUCCAGCAGCUCUGGGGAAAACCCGGCUUCUUCCAGGAGGAGUGGAGCUCCGCCGGUUCCUCCUGUGAAGCCCCAGAAGUUUCGACAUUUUCCUCUUUCUGAUUCCCGCGGUCCGUCCAGCUGCGUGGUUUCUCCUCCUGGAGCUGUCCAGUGUCCGGACUCGGAGCUGACAUCAGGAAGGACGGAGCGGCUGCAUCCGAGCCCAGCGGACCUCCGGUCCUACAGCCCACCGGAACCGGGCGGGGACCGCCGGACGUCGCAGAACCCGCCCACGUCGUGUAGCUAUGUGGAGCGGCUGAAAACCGACGGCGAGGCGGCGGGCCAGAAAACGCUCGACAGAAGCUCCUACCACCACGCCAUCGCCGCCUUGGAAAGCACGAGCGAGGAAGAGGAGGAGGAGGAAGAAAAGGCGAGGCGCGGGUUUCUGCGGCCGGUUCUGGAGACGGAGUCGGCGUUCAGGCCGACGGAGUUCGAAUCCCGUCUGCUGCCGCCUGAAAACAAACCGCUGGAGAUGGCGGUGCUGAAGAGAGCGAAGGAGCUGCUGCUGAGCCACGACCACCAGAGCAUCGCCACACACCUGCUGCAGGCCGACUGCCAGGUGGCGCGGAUCCUGGGAGUGACUCCUCAGGUCAAAGGUCGGAUGGGCGUCGGCUCGGGCCUGGAGCUGGUGACGCUGCCGCACGGCCGCCGGCUGAGGCUGGACCUGAUGGAACGGCACCACACCAUGGCGAUAGGCGUCGCCGUGGAUAUUCUGGGAUGCACCGGCAGCGUGGAGGAGCGGGCGUCCACCCUGAACCGCAUCAUCCUGGUCGCCGUGGAGCUGAAGGACGCGGUGGGCGAUCUGUUCGCCUUCGCCGCCGUCAUGAAGGCUCUGGACAUGCAGCAGAUCAGCCGCCUGGAGGAAACCUGGACGGCUCUCCGGAGGAACUUCACGCAGACCGCCAUCAGCUACGAGAAAAUCCUCAAACCUUUCUACAAGAGUCUGUAUGAAGGAGAAGCCUCCUGUCCGUCUGUGGUCUGCAUCCCUCUCCUCCUGCCUCUGCUCACCCUGAUGGAGCGACCGUCAACCUCGCCCGAAGGGGUGGAGCUCUGGGAAACCAGCGACCAAGGAUGUGACAUCAUGCUGCGCCACCUGGAGGCGGCGCGUGACGUUGCCAACAACGCUCAGAGCUACACGGCCAACGCAGAGAAGAUCCUGGAAGGGUUUCAGUUCGACGAAGAUCUGCUGGAAGUUUUUAAAACAGACUUCCAGCUGCGGCUGCUUUGGGGGAGCCGCGGAGCAGCCGUCAACCAAUCAGAUCGCUACAACAAGUUCAACCUCAUCCUCACAGCAUUGUCCAGGAAACUGGAGCCUGCAACCAAAACACAACUAACUAACUAACUAACUAACUAAUUAACUAACUAAAUGACUAAAUGACCAACUGACUUGGACUCAAAACGGUGCAAAGCCUCAAAUGUUUUCAGCCACAAGCAGCUCAAAACAAAAAAAACAUGUUAGUCUGUUUAAAGUGAGUUCAGUAAUCUGGUCAGUUUUAUUUAAUCCAGUAUUAAAUAUUUACCACAACGUCUUCAGAGGAAAUACUGCAUUAAUACUGAAACUAUGAAGAUUUGUUCUAAACGGGUUAAAAUAGAAACUGAUGCAGUCUAUGGAACAUAUCACAAACGUAUGGAAGAGUGAUCCUGCCAAAAUUGGCAAUGAAUAUAGAAGUAAAUAAAUGGUUCAAUAAAAUAAUUUUGCCAAAAGUUGCAUCCAAAAUAUAAAAUAUAAAAACUUUCCUGGCUUAUUUUAUUAUUGUGUGCUAUUAUUUUCAACAAUAUUAAUUAAACUUUAUGACCAGCAAUUAUAAUUUUCAGUCUUAAUUUCAAUCUUAUUGUACUAUCAGUUUAAUUUAUUUCAUUAUUUAUUUGUUCUUUCUUAAGAUAUUUUAAAAUUUGCUGUAAUUUUUUCUUACAUUUGAUUUAUUUUCUCCUUUAACAUUGCAUCUUUGCAUUUUCCCUUCUAUAUUCACAGUUUAUUUUCCUUGUUAUAUUUUUUCUUCUAAUGUUAAAUUACUACUGUUGAAAAUGACAAAUAUUAGCUUAUGUUACAGUGCCCAAUCAAAUAAAUGGGAAAGUUAUUUUUUAUGCAAUACUUGGCACAAUAAUUACUUUAUCAAGCUAUUUAUGUAUUUAUUUCUGUGUUUAUUAUGAAUUUUGGCAGGGUCAGUCCCCCAUAGAAAGAACUAGAGCUACAGACAAUGCACUGAGAAACAGAAUGUUUAUUUUCUGCAGAAAAGCUCGGAUCACACGGCCAGAAUAACGUCUAACUCACCAACAAAACCAUCAGACAUAAACCAAGAGGUGAAAUUUCACAAAAAUGAACAGAAAACCAAAUUAUUGUUAAAUCUUAAAUGUCUAAUUCUAUUAUAAGUUAAGUUGAUAUAAUGCAAACUGUCUGAGGGUGGAUGAUGUGCUGGCACGUCGAAAUCAACGUUUCCUGUCGAUUUUAUUUACUUUUCUCAAAACUUUGCUUGAUAAAAAUGUUAAAGUGCAGAAUACACUGGACAGGACCGGUCCGAUAUUACACGACGGGUCUUUAUUUUGCAUUAAUCUGCUAAAUUACCCAUUUAAAACACAACUUUUACAGAGCUAAGAUGCGAGUAAACUCAUUUCUUUUUGCAAAAUUCCCCAAAAAGUAUUAGAAAUUUUCAUCUCUUGGCUAAAAUAUGAGCCCUGACUGUGCAAAUAAAUGGGCAGAUAAACAUCUGAAAUCCACUUGAUGUUGAUCAACAGAAUCAAAAAAUUAAAAAGAUUAAUUUCUCAGUUUUUCUUCUUUAAAUUUAGUGUACAACUAUACUGUUAGUGGAUAAAAAUGAAGUAGCGACGCAGUGGAAAUGGCUGUCAGCUGUGUUUUUAUAAAGUAUGGAGCCAAAAAAAGGUAAUUUUUUUUUUUUUUAAAGUCAGAACUGAACAAAAAAAUCACGUUUCUAUGAAGAUUUUAUUUAAUUUACUAAAAAUAAAAUCACUAAAAUGCAUUGUGAUAUUAAAGUUGUACAUAUUUAAACAUUUUAUUAGACUGUAAAUAUUUUAAGACUGUAAAAAAAGUUGAUUUUAAUGUUUAUAUUAUGAAUGUAGGAAAUGUAAUAAAUAUGAUUUAUGAUCUAA